GCGCCCCGCGGCGCCGCGCGCAGUUCCGGGUCACGGCGGCCAUGGAGGCCGGGCAGGGAUCCGGUCCCGGCGGCGACGCGGCCGAGAGGGAAGUACCUAAGCCUUAUGUUCCAACAGAGGAGGAAAGAAGACUCCUCAAAGAAUGUGCUGAAGAGAGUUUCCGGUAUAGAGCUUUUCCUUUGGCUGCAGUGAGCAUGCUUGGUACUAGUUUCUUAAUUAGAAAAGGUGUUCUAAGAGAUACCUCAAGAUUUGGCUCUUUUAUUAAAGUUGCAUUUGCUGGAAUGUGUGGAUACCUGGCUGGAAAGAUAUCCUACUUGCCAAUCUGUAGCGAGAAAUUUAAGAAACUGAAGGAUUCCCCGAUAGGAGAUGUUCUACGACAAGCUCAGAGACAUAGUUCACCUAACCGUUCCAGUCGGAAAUCUGAAUUUUCAGACAUACCUUCUCAGUCAUUUACUGAGUCAUCUUCUUCAAGAGCUGGAUUCCCACUUUCUUCUAGCUAUUCAGAUGAUUACAGCUCAACAGAUAGAGGUCUCUCAAGUUAUGAACCUAUUCCAUUCAGUGCUUCCCUGAACGAAUCUUCACCUACAGGAAUUACUGAUUACACUGUUCAAGAACCUGCUCCAGUUCCAGAAGAAAGUCGUAAAAAAAAAGGCAUCACAUAUGAGGAAUUAAGGAAUAAACACAGAGGAACAUACGAUGUAAUGGUACCACCAAAGGCAGAAACUCCAAGCAAGCUUCCACAGGAAAAACCAGCUAAGGAAGUUAAAGUAAAUAAAUAUGGAGAUACCUGGGAUGAGUAAGAGCCAAAUGAAGAACUGAAGAAAAUUACCUCCUGCCAGCUAACUUGAACUUCAUCUAGAUUAGUCAUGAGUAUCAGCACCUUUGGUAUGCUCUGCCAGACACAGCUAUUAAUAAAUGAGGAGAAAAUCCUGACUUGCCAGAAGAUUAAAAGAUGUAUUUAUGCUUAAUUUUUUAAAAUUUUGCAUAAAUGGAAUACAAGGCUAUUGUGAGGUGUUAUGACUAUAAACCAUUUGUGCUGUUGUUUAAGAAUGAAAAGGGUAACUGGUAAUAUGAACGUAUAGCAUAAGGUAAAAAUACAUGUAAAUAAAUGCAAUCCCAUGUGUUGAGAAGGGAAGAAUCUUCUCAAAUUUCAAGACUUGCAUUAAAAGUUACCUGUAGAACUCA